AUGGCCCAAUUCGACUUGGCACAAGUGCUUUCUCAAACCAUCUCGCCCUAUGCGGAUGCCCGCAAACAAGCGGAGGCUCAAUUGAUCCAGGCAUCCAAACGACCUGGGCAUGCUAUGGAAGUCGUUCGUCUAGUGGCAAGCGCUGAUGGUACAGACCCAGCCGUGAGACAAUCAGCUGCUGUUCACUUCAAGAAUCUAAUCAAGAAGGGGUGGGAUGAAUCCAAAGAUGAAGUGGAUCGACAAGGAAUUUUAAUUUCUGGGGAUGAUCGAACCACCGUAAAAAAACACCUUGUCGAACUCAUGUGCACAGUGCCACCACAAAUCCAAGCACAAGUUUCGGAGAGUAUUAGUCUCAUUGCUGGUGUCGACUUUCCUCAAAAGUGGGAAUACUUGCUUCCAGAGCUCGUCCAAAAGAUGCAGUCUCCAGAUCUUGCAGUGGUGAAUGGAUGUUUGAUGACUGUCAAUGCUAUUCUCAAGCGCUUCCGAUACGUCCAACGAAGUGACGCUCUUUACGCCGACUUGAUCUUUGCCUUGAAUCAUCUCCAACAACCCUUGCUGAUCAUGUUUGCCCAAACUGGAAAACAUGUCGAAGCGAGCCAGAACGAUCCCCAAAGGUUGAUCCAACUCUUCGAGUCUCUUCGAUUGAUGUGUCGUAUUUUCUUCUCUUUGAAUUUUCAAGAUCUUCCCGAGUUUUUUGAGGAUCACAUCAAGGAGUGGAUGGAUGAGUUUGCCAAAUACCUGCAAUACACCAAUCCAUUGUUAGUGGACCCCGAUGAGGAGACUGAUCCCAGUCCAAUCGAUAAGCUCCAAGCGGCCAUCAUUCAGAAUCUCAAGAUCUAUGCGGACAAGGACGAGGAACCCUUCCUCCCUUUCCUCCCAGAUUUUACUAAAUUGGUCUGGAACCUCCUCAUUGGGUUGACUCCACACCCCAAGCAUGAUCGUUUGACCGUCGGUAGCAUUAACUUCUUGAGUUCGCUGGUUGAAAAGAAGAUGCAUAAUGCCCUGUUCCAAGAGCAAUCAACACUACAACAAAUUGUCACCAGUAUUGUUAUUCCAAAUCUCAUGGUCCGAGAGGCUGAUGAGGAGAAAUUCGAGGAUGAUCCACAAGAAUACAUUUUGACCGAAAUUGAAGGAAGUGAUAGUGAAUCCAGACGCAAAUGCUCGCGGGACUUGCUACGAGCAAUGUGUCGACAAUUCGAAGUUCCAACUUCUGAAAUUUGCAAGCAACAUAUUGCUGACAUGUUGGCGCAGUCUGCUCGUGAUCCGAGCAAAUGGGCUGCCAAAGAUGCCGCUAUUCAUCUCAUGCUAGGAAUUGCUAUCCGUCUCGAGAGUCAUCAAGGCGUCUCUGAACUAAACGACAAUGUCAAUAUGCUCGAAUUCUUUUCUACCCAAGUCUUCUCUGAGUUGCAAGAUACCAAUCAUUCCAACCGCCCAAUGGUCAAGGCCACAGGUCUCAAAUUCGUUUGCACCUUUCGCAAGCAGUUUACUAGGGAACAGCUUAUCGGUUUGCUGCCACUAUUGAUUGCCCACUUGGGCUCUCCGAGUAUUGUUGUACAUACCCUUGCUGGGUAUGCUAUUGAGCGUAUCAUGAUGACAUCCGAAGUUGAUGCCACAACCCAGCAGAAGCGCUACAAGAUUUCACGUGUUGAGCUUCAGCCUCUUCUUGAGAGUUUGUUCACCGGGCUAUUCGGCAUCAUUGACAACGCCGAGUGGAACGAAAAUGAGCACGUAAUGAAGUGCACAAUGAGAGCAUUGUCUCGAGCUGGCGAAGAUGUCGUCCCAAUCACAGACAUCGUCUUCAACAAGCUUGCUGCUGCGCUCGGACGCGUAUGCAAGAAUCCAAGAAAUCCUUCCUACAAUCAUUACCUGUUUGAAUCCAUUGCUGCUCUUGUAAGAAACGUUUGUUCGAAGGACCCUUCACAAACGGCGCAAUUAGAGGCUCUUCUCUUCCCACCUUUCCAAACAGUGCUUCAAAUGGAUAUUUCAGAAUUCACGCCGUAUGUUUUCCAGGUCCUUGCUCAAUUGUUGGAAUAUAGACCGAAGGAAACUGGUCUUGGGGAGGCCUACACGUCUCUGUUCGAACCUCUUCUGACGGCGUCUCUCUGGGAAAGAAAAGGCAAUGUUCCAGGUUUGGUUCGCCUUUUGACCGCAUACCUCAAGAUGGCUGCAGCUGAUCUUGUGGCUGGGGGUCAUCUUGUUCCUUUUCUUGGAAUUUUUCAAAAACUACUUGCUUCGAAGGCCACGGAAGCCAGUGCAUGCGAACUUCUCACUGCUAUCACGAUCUAUGUUCCAAUGGAUCAAUUGAGCCAAUAUCUUCCGGAAGUUUUCAGGAUCACGCUCCACAAGCUGAUGCAAGGAAAGUCCAACAAGUUUCCCGUCCUCGCUAUUCAAUACUUCGCCCUUUUCUCCGGGCUUCAUGGUGGACAAGCCAUUUUUGGUUACCUUAACCAGGCCGCGUUGCCUUUACUCGUCCAAAUUUGGUCUCCAAAGGCAAAGAUUGCCGCUCACAGCCUCAUCUUGGCGAAGACUCAAGCUGUCGGUCUCACUCGACUGUUGUGCGAGACUCCUGCUCUCCUUGCUGAUGACAAUGUCAAGAAGAUUUGGGCACAAACAUUUGCGUCUCUUGUGGGAAUUCUCAGCUCCAACACUUUCAGUGCCAAUGAAAUCAUUGGCGAUGAACCAGAGAUGGAAAUUGCCUAUGAUGCUUCGUAUUCUCAGUUGAGUCUUGCCACUAAAAAGGCUCACGAUCCUUUCCCAAAUAUCGCGGAUCCCAUGGCGAUGUUCAAAGAGUCCUUGGAGCAACUCAACACCGCAAAUCCAGGAGUGAUUUCCCCAAUUAUCCAACUUGGCGUGAGCUCUGAUCCCAAAAUUGCUUCGGGAUUCCAAUCCAUUUGCCAGAGAACUGGAUUGCGACUAUAA